AAGAAUAAAAAAAUAAAAACAUUAGUAUGUUUAGGUAGUGGUGGACAUACAAGUGAAAUGUUACAAAUCAUAGAAAUAUUAGAUAAAAAUAAAUAUGAACCAAUAAUAUAUAUGUUAGCGGAUACAGAUCAAACAAGUUUAAAUAAAAUAAAUCAAUUAAAUUUAAUUAAUAAUAAUAAUUAUUAUUUAAUACCACGUAGUCGUCAAGUACAUCAAUCAUAUUUAACAAGUGUAUUUAGUACAAUUCAAUCAUUAAUAUAUGUUUUAUAUUUAUUAAUAUUUAAAAUAAAUCAAUUAAAUUUAAUUAUAUGUAAUGGUCCUGGUACAUGUGUACCAAUCAUUUUAACUAGUUUUAUUUUAUAUAAAUUAAUGUAUUUAAAUAAUAAUUGUAAAUUAAUUUAUAUUGAAUCAAUAUGUAGACAACAUACAUUAUCAAUAACUGGUCUAAUAUUAUUUUAUUUUGUUGAUUUAUUUGUGAUUACAUAA